UUGUUCUUUAAUUAGACCGAUAAGAUAUGUAUGUCACGUGUUACACAUUACAGACACUAUUCACGUAGGUGUUCUCAUUGUAUGUUUUGAUUGUCAAGAAUGGCCAUCAGUGUUUUCUUCACAACACUGCUAGCCGGGCUUUGUUAUGCGUCUCUCCAGCCAGCUAUCAAACAAGACGCAGAGAAGAACGAAGUAAUCCUGUCCUUUCCGAGCGUGCCUGGUGUUGAUACUAUUGAACUGUCGUACGCUCUCCAUCUUCUGAAGCAACAGGCACAGUUACCUCAUUUGACCAACACCAUUAGAGUACAUAAACAAGCUGAUGGAUAUUUCACUUACAGAGUUCAAAGCAAGAACGCAUUCACUGACAAAUAUGUGCUGGAAUAUUCAGUAAAAUAUUUGUCUGCAACCGGAGAUGUUCUUCAUCAUCUCAAUAAUGUGUACAUCAUCCCACCUGCUUCAUCGCUCAGUCCUCGACUAUACAGACGUGGCACGACCGUCCUUUCUGACUUCUUCCACACAAACCAUCUCGACAGCAACACAUGGACACAUGAAAUCACUUGCUGGGGAGGAGGGGGUGGCGAGUUCCAGAUGUACACACCAGAGGCUGCCAACACCUAUAUCAGAAACGGCAUUCUCUACCUUAGACCGACAUAUACAGUAGACAAAUUUGGAGAAAACUUUCUUCACAAUGGAGAUCUUGAUGUUGCCAAGCAAUGGGGAACGUGUACUUACUACAGUGACAAUGGAUGCCACCGUCAGGGAUCAAAGAUCCCACCUAUCAUGUCAUCUAAACUCUAUUCAAAGGCUUCCAUCACCUACGGAAAAAUAGAAGUUGUUGCACAGUUACCAAAAGGAGAUUGGUUAUGGCCAGCAAUAUGGAUGCUUCCUCCCUCAAGACCUUGGAAAUAUGGCGGAUGGCCAGCUUCCGGCGAGAUAGACAUCAUGGAAGCAAGAGGGAACCUUAACUUGAAGGACAGCAAUGGUAAUGACCAUGGCGCCCAGAAUAUACGCUCUACACUUCACUGGGGUGUUUCCAAUCAGCACCGAAGUAAGGGGUAUGGAAGGGCUAGUGCACCCGGGACUGUAUGGGCUGACAAUUUCCACACGUACUCCAUUGACUGGACAUCAGAACACAUAAGAUUGUCUGUGGACGACCAUCCAGUCUUGGCGUGGUCAACACCUUCCCAAGGUUACUGGUCCUACAGUCACCUGACCGGGCAUAACAUCUGGGCAAGCGGAGGUAAAGAUGCUCCCUUUGAUGGAAAGAUGGGUCUCAUCCUCAACGUCGCUGUCGGCGAUAACAGCGUCUACUUUUCCGAUUCGUGGCAUAACCCUAAUGGAAAACCCUGGAAGAAUGGAUCACCUACAGCCAUGGCAGACUUUUGGAAGAACAAGCACCAGUGGCAGCCAACCUGGCACGGUGAAGAUGCCGCCAUGAAGAUCAAGUCUGUCAAGAUGAUACAGUAUCAGAUCGUUGGCGGAAUAAAAUGCUUCUAUUUCGGAUUAAAUUCAUCAAAUUGUCAGAUGUUAAUACACCGCUCUUGAUAUGACAACAUGUCUCCAACUGGUGGUUUAGGCU